AUGUCCAUUCCCAAUCUUGUGCUUCAAGUUCCUUAUCGUGAUGUGGAGACAUUGAAGGGUCGAUUGCGUUACAGAUGUUUCUUGUCGCACGAUUUGAAUUUACGCUUUUGUGGACUCGUAAAGGAGAAGCAUUCUGACUAG